AUGGCUAUCCUUAACUCGGACCAAGAUGGCGUUUUCAGAUCACUUUCAGAUUCACUCCCAACUCACUGCACUCUAAAUAUAGAGUCGUUUUCGUUGAUAGCUGAAUAUCAUGGAGUCAGUGGAUAUGAAUCAAAAGAGUUCGAAGCCGGAGGAUACAUAUGGAAACUGGUGCUGUACCCAAAUGGAAACAAGAAGAAGAAUGUGGAAGACCACAUCUCUGUCUACUUGCGCAUAGCCGGAGAAGAUUCACUUCAGACUGGUUGGGGAGUAUCUGUUGAUUUUAGAUUGUUUUUGCUUGAUCAGAAUAAGGGAAUGUACUUGGUUCUUGAAGAUGCUUUUACAAAGCAGAAGUGCUUUCACGCAGGGUUGCUUCAUGUAGGUUUUGAUAAGCUAAUCCGUCUUGAAGAAUUUACUGAUGUUUCCAAUGGAUAUCUCAUCGAUGACAAGUGUGUAUUUGGAGCUGAGGUCUUUGUUUGCAAAGAAAGAAAAACUGGCCAGGCAGAGUGUAUAUCAAGGAUAAAGAGCCCUUGGCUAUAG